GGCAAACAGGUUUAGAUGUCUUGACUACAUUGUGUCAAAUGACUUGACUGAUGAUGCUGACAUUAAGAGACUGGUUCAGAAACUGUAUGCACAAGGAAAAUAAUACUGCAAUGAAACAAACUAGAUAUCUUUUUCUACCAAUUUUGUAAUAGACUUUUCAAGGAAACUGAUUGCUUUUGUUCCACUCCCAAGAGCAAUUAUUCUGAAAUGGCAUACAGACUUUGUUGUCCGCUCUUCUUGGAGUCUGCUGGACGAUGUAUUUACACAAGUCUCAGUACGACGAUGGUCAGAAGUAUAAUGAUAUGCAUGCACGGCUGUUGGAUGACUAUGACAGAAGUAAAGAAAAGCAAACAUCUCGCAGUGAAAUAUUGCAGGAUUUUUAUAGUAAAUAUGGUGAGGAGGCAUACAGUGGCACAGAGAGGAGAGAGUAUAAUGACUCGCCAAAAAGGCUGUACACUGAAGACCCAUUGAAGCGGGACUGGAGUAGAAACAGUCCAGGGAGGAGACGCAUGUCUUCUCCAGGUUAUAGUGUCCCAGAAAAGAAAAGAGGGCGGUAUCCAGAAGAUGAUGAUGAUUACUACAAAUACAGGAAUGAACCUGAUGAUAAAAUGUACAUGAAAGACUCUAGACCCAGGCAUGAUGGGCCUGAUUCAAAAUACAGGAAGGACUAUGACAGGCACGAUUCAAGAUACAGAGAAAAGUAUGAUGGACAAGAAUCAAGAUACAGGGAUCAGGAUGAUGGACACGAUUUAAAAGACAGGAAGGACUAUGAUAGACAAGACUUGAGACACAGGGAGAGGAGGGGGGUGUAUGACAGGCAAGAACCAAGAUACAGAGAGAAGUAUGAUGGACAAGAAUCAAAAUACAGAGAGCAGUAUGGUGGACACAACUUGAAAGACAGAAAGGACUACGAUAGGCAAGACUUGAGACACAGAGAAAGGAGGGGGUCGUAUGACAGGCAAGAACCAAGUCGCAGGGAUCAGGAUGGUGAUUUCUCAUACAGGCCAUCGCCUGAGGGAUUCACUCACAGACGACAAUCUGGAUAUCCUAAAGAUGCUCCAGAUAGGAACCGGGGCCAUUCACAAGAGAGGACACAUUCAUAUGAAUUUCCUACGAAGGUUUAUCCCAUGCUCAGAGAAAAGAGUGAUCGUAUUUUCACAGAUUCUGUGGAACCUCGCCACACUGAGACAAAAUUUCCAAUAAAUGGAUCCAGUGGACAGUCUUUGGGAUAUGUUCACCAGAGUCCUAUUCAGGAGGAGAUUAAAUCCAAUGAAGGUUUCCAACGUUUCCUCAGUGUACUCAACAAAGGUGUGAAUGUCGCCAUGCUUAACAAGAUGAUGACUCAAGACUCUGCAAGAGUGGAUGCUCCAUCUCCAUCUCCAACUUACUUUUCAAAUGCAAAGCAUUCAUGGUCCCCUCCUUACAGUGAGAGGCAACAGCAAAAAUACCAAACUACCCACAAAUGGAGCAAACCUGAUGAGUCCCAAGGACAUGCUUCUCCACAGUACAGAUCUUUGAGCCCAAAGGAUUACUCUUUGCCUGAUACAAAGCCUAGAAAAAGGCAUGAUGAGCCAGUAAGCACCACCUUCAGUGCUUACAGUCAAUCCAGGUCCCCCACUGUAGUAGAAAGAAUGAGACUGAAACCAGAAGAUGAGCACAAGCACCGACAGGUGCAGGAUGUUUUGCACGCCAUCGGCAUGGAUUUGGGAUUCGAGGAGCUGGGCCAAAUGACACAUCGAAUUCAGGAGCGGCUAUAUGGUAAGGAUAAUGACAGGGGUCACCAUCGUAGUAGCCGGGAGAAGAACACGCUCCAGUCAUUUUCUCCAAGACGACAAACCAGAUCCUCUUCAUCACCCGGUAGAUUGGAGGAGGCGGGCCAACUGUCACCUCGUAUUCCACGAUGGUUACAUUGGAAAGACAGCAGGGGCCAGAGCAGGGAAAAGGACAUGAAACAGGCUUUUUCUCCAAAGAGCCGAAGCAGAUCUAGAUCCUCAUCAAGCAGAUCUAGUUAUGGUCCCGGUGCUCGGACCUAUACCCAGAGAAAAGAUCAGGAGAUAAAAUACGGUCGCUUUGCUGCAGAGAGCAGCAGUAAGUCUGCACAGGACACUGAGAAGUCUGAAAGUCACCACCAGAGACGCACUGGUGCGUUGUCUUCAUUCCCCACAAACCCAACCAGCACUCAGUCUCAACUGCCGUUGCCUCCGCCUGCAGUGCCACCUUUCCCCCUCAUGCCCUUUCCACCAAUAGGGUUCCUGCCUCCGCCUCCAACUGUGCCUCCUCCCUGGCCCCGGCCUUUUGCCCACCCCCCGCCCCCUUUUCUCUCCUACCCCUCUGCUCCACAUUUAAAUGCUUUCCCAGCAUUAUGUGCUCAACAGUCUGUCUUCGGUGCUCAUCCUCCUCCAUAUUUCAACACACCGCCGCCGUAUCCAAUUCAGCAAUUACAAAACACACAGAAGACAAAACCGCAAGCAAGGCCCCGCUGUUUACAGGUCAUUACGCCCAAACAACCCGGAUGAAGACUGAUGGAUUUGGGUGAAAUUAGAUGACAGAAGGUGAAUAAUUGUGAGGUUAUGGAUGAUUUUUAUUGUAUUAUUAUUACUAAAUACAGAAAGCAGAUCCAUCUGAUUCGUUGCGAUGACUUUGAACAAAACAGCAGAAUCCAAAAGAGAAAACUGUGUAUUCACGACACUACAAAUAAUGUACAAACUGUUUAUUUGACCUUCAUGGUGGCAAAAAUCAGUUUUGAAACUGUCUUGGCAAA